CAGAACCUGAAUUAUUAUUAGGUCAAGAUAACUUACAUGUUGUAAUACCUAUUCAAAUACGGGAGGGCAAAUAUAAUGAGCCAUCAGCUACACUCACCCGCCUCGGCUGGAGUGUCCAUGGGAAAGUGUGCGUGCCGCGGACUGUCCGUCCGUCCAGGGGCCCGCCAUCUGUCGCUGUGCAUACUAACCUUUUUAUUGCAGAUAGCGGAGCAGAUCACGAUACCACAUCAGAUGAGUGCCUCCUAAGGGAAAUCCACGAAGAUGUUAGGCGCUCAUUUUUGCUAGAUUCCAUGGGCGUGACGACGCACGUGCGGCAAAAGGCCGACGACGCCCGCGCCGUCGCGCAGCUGGAGCGCUCCGCCGAGCUCAUCGAUGGGCGUUGGUACGUCGGCCUUCCGUGGAAGGACGAACACCGCCCCAUGCCCGACUCCCGCCCAAACGCGCUUACCAGGAUGAAGGGUAUUGAGCGCAAAAUGGGUAAGAAUCCAGGUUUCGCCGAAAGGUACCGUGAAAGGGUCAAUCAUUUGUUAGAAAAUGAUUACGCUAUGGAACUAAUUAACACUGAGGUCACGCCGAAGACUUAUUACUUACCUCAUUUCGGCGUAGACAACCCCAAUAAGCAAAAACUUCGUCUGGUCUUUGAUGCUGCAAGUCAGGUAAGUGGUAGCUCCCUGAACGAUUAUUUGCUCACAGGACCUGACCUAUUGUCAUCACUUUUAGGUAUAAUGCUGCGCUUUCGGGAACAUCCAAUUGCAGUAACAGGUGACAUUAGAGACAUGUUCUUGAGAGUCAAGAUCCAUCAAGAUGACCAGGACGCGCUGAGGUUUCUGUGGAGAAACAACCCCACAGAAAACAUGAAGACGUACGCGAUGACGUCACUUAUUUUCGGCGCAAAUUGUGCUCCAUUUGUCGCGCAAUUUGUAAAAAAUAAAAACGCCCAGCGAUUUGAAUCGUCAUUUCCCGCCGCCGUCGAUGCCAUCGUCAACUCGCACUACAUGGACGACUACAUCGACAGCCUGCCCGACGAGGCGACAGCGAUCGAAAUGGUAAAAAAUGUCAGUUAUAUCCACAGGGCGGGCGGCUUAGAAAUAAGAAAUUGGACGAGCAACAGCGUCGCAGUUUUAAACAGCGUGCCAAAGGAGACCUUAGGCACUGCUGCUGUAAGGUUCAAAGUCGGCCAGCAACAUGAGAGCGAGCGUACCUUAGGUCUCAUUUGGUACCCUGCUGAUGACAUAUUGGGCUUCGAUCUGUCAUUAAAACGUAUACCGAGCGACGUACUUGAAGGUGAGAAUAGGCCUACGAAACGUGUAAUGUUAAGAGUAAUUAUGUCAAUAUUUGAUGUACUAGGUUUUUUAGCACCCUUCACGAUUCAAGGCCGAAUUAUGCUUCAAGAGGCUUGGCGCUUACAGUUGGAUUGGGAGGAUUACAUUCCAGACCAAAUUUAUCACAAGUGGCGAAAAUGGGUCGACCUUUUGAAGGUAAUUAAAGAUAUCCGUAUACCUAGGUGGUACUGCACAGCCGCGCGCAAUGCGGUAAGGGACAGCCAAUCGGCUACAGCGCGUGCGAGCGAAAUGCAAGAUUGUGUGGAUAUCGUCGCAACGGCACAUACCUCUCCCCCUGCGACCCACGCACCUACGCACAGUGCUACGAAAUGCUACGAGGGCGUAGCGGCAUCUACAUCUGCUACGACCGCAUCGAGUAGUAAGUACUCAUAUUAUAAUAAUUUACAAAUGCAUUUUUUUAGCGAUGCAUCUUCUCAGGCGAUGUCAGCUGUGGGCUAUUGGCGCUGGGAGGAUAACGGCACUAUUUAUGUUGCAUUUAUUGCCAGCAAAAGCAGAGUUAUGCCGAUAAAACAGCUGACUAUACCGAAGGCUGAGCUGCAAGCUGCAUUGUUGUCUGCAAGACUAGCCAAUGCAAUUGGAAAGGAGCACAAACUGACGUCAACGAGGCGUUACUUCUGGUGUGACUCCUCAACUGUAUUACAUUGGAUUCUCAACAAAAAUCGUACGUAUAAGGCCUUUGAAGCAAAUCGCUUGGGGGAGAUUGACGACCUUACCCGCGUUGACGAGUGGCGGUACAUUCCUACGAAACUAAAUGUUGCCGAUUUAGCGACGCGGGACUCGUUUGAUCUAGCCCUACAGAGCGAGUGGUUCAAAGGUCCUUCUUUUUUAUACGCUGACGAAAGUCUAUGGCCAAAGGAUAUAAUACCGACCUGUAACGAGGAGGAGACAGGGGAAUGCGUAGCAGUCGUCCAGGUGCGUGACGAACCUGCAUGCAUACCAGUGCCGGACCCACAGCGCUUCUCUUCGUGGCUUCGUCUCACCCGUGCCACGGCGGCAGUGCUAAAGUUCAUCGCUAGGUGCAAAGGGCAGGCGGUCGAGAUCGAUUGCGCAAUGAUGGAGCGCGCUGAGAUACUUUUACUAAAACACGCGCAAAACGAGUCUUUUGGGGCAGACUUAGCCAGAAUUAAGGCGCACGGGGCUUUACAUCGAGCAAGUAAGUUAUUAAAAUUAUCACCCAUUUUAGACGAACAUGAACUACUUCGCGUGGGCGGGCGCAUUGACGCCGCAUCAGAUGUGCCUCUGGACGUCAAGAGACCCGUGAUCCUGGACGGCCGUCAUCAGGUAGCACGCUUAAUCGUCCGGCAUUACCAUGUGAAAGCGGCCCACGGAAGUCAGGAGAUGGUGGUAAACGAAAUAAAGCAAAGGUAUUGGGUACUUAGACUUCGACCUACUGUAAAACUCGUGACGUCAAGGUGCAUGUUGUGCAGGAUAAUGAAGAGCAAACCUCAGGUACCGCGCAUGGGCGAUUUACCAGAGGCCAGAAUUAGGGAUUGCAAUCCGGAUUAUUCGAACUUCGAAAAUCCGGAUUAUCCGCCAAUUUUUCAAGCCGUUUCAAAAUCCGGAUUUUUAAACCAAAAUCCGAAUUUUAGGAUUUUUGUCAAACUAUGA